AUGAAACUAAAUAGUGCGGCGAGCGAGUUGCACGAAUCGUUAGUACAGUGGAAGCGGCACGCCGGCCGGCGCAGUGGGUCAGGCGAGGCAGCACGGGCGGACCUUGCAAUGUCGCGGCGUGACGCUCAGCUGACGCAUGACAGCCCGCCCGCCGCCGCCCCGGCCCCGCGCGUUCAUUGCCUCCGCGGCGGCCGGUGGGAGCGCACGCUUCUACGCCGCCGCCACAUACCGAUCUCUAUACUGCUUCCCAUUACGAUCUCGUUUACGAAACUGAGGCGGGGCGAGGCCGAGUGCGCCAUGUUA